GAGGAGGAGGAAGCGGCAGCGCUGCGCCUGGAACGCCGAACGUGGGGAGCGAUGGUGACGGACUUUGAGGAGAAGCACGACGAGCUGCUAGUGCUGCUCCAGCAGAGGAACAGGAUACUGAAGCAACUCAGAAGCAAAGACCCAAGGCAGAUCAGACUGGAGCAGCUGGAACAAGGGUUCACUCUGUAUGUGAAUGGAGCUCACGCAGAAUCCAACAGCCAUCACAAGAAAGCCAUUCCCCGCAACACUUCCAGGAGAGGCAGCAGAGCAACCAAAGGAAACCAUGCCACUGCAAAUACCCUGUUAAGAGAAGAAGAUGUGCGAGGGAGGGACACACAAAGCGCACCCAGUAAAAUCCAACGCCAGGAGUGGCUCCAGAAAGCCGUGCAGAUCAAAACUGAAAGUGGGGCUAGGCUCCACGCUGCUCCUCCUACUGAAUACUCAGAGGAUUUUGAACCUUAUGAAAGCCUAGACCAGGAAGCAAAGGAGUGUGAACACAAUGGUCCUGCCCAGGCAGAACUAUGCAUGAGCAAUGAUGCUGAAAAAGGAAGGCUGCAUCCCAGCCUGGAAGAUGUGAAGGAGCUCCAUCAGAGCUUGGCGUUCACUGCUGCUCAGAACAGGAUGGAGGACAAUUUUUCAGAGGGGGAAGACACUGACUCUGUGGAGGAGGAUGUGCCUGCUGAGCCCUCCGAGACAGAAGGCACCACUGAGCCUUCCAGACAGCGCACUGAGACAUCCUUCUGUGGAUCAUCUUCUUCUCCAACCAGUGGAAGGUGCUGCAGCAUAGCAUCUGGUUCUCUGAUCACGCUGGAGUUCAAGCCAAACUGCCCAAGCCUGAAGAAGGAGCGGAGUCUCUCUGCCAAAAGGAAGGGCAGCACUGAAGCCUCCAUCCCUACCAAGCCCAUGAGCCAGGUGGCUCCUCCAUUCUCUGCUGAGUGCCAACACCAGGAAGCAUGGGAAAUUGGCCACUCCAGGCCAGUGAGCCGAUCCGAAAGGCCUCUCUCAGCAGCUCGGAAGGUUGUCUGCGAGAAGAAGGACCCGGUACACUCAGCAUCCAUGGUGCUGAAAGCUGUGCAAGCAGAAAAUGAGACCCUCAUGAAGGAGAUGCUCUCUAGGCGACUGGAGGCUGCGGCUGAAAUGCAGCGGGUCCCCUCUGUAGAGCCACCAUCCCGGCCGUCUGUGACCAUGGAUCCCUGCCAAGCUCAGGAGGAAAAAGAGGGUGCUGUUGUCUCUACUGCCAUGAAACAGAUUGGGCCGCUGGGAAACAGGCAACAGAAGAAGCUUUUGAAAGUGCUUCAAGAAACUGAGAGCCAGUCUGCCUUCUGUGGCCCUGAUGUUUUGGGCUUUGAGCAUCAAGUGCCUCAUAUUCUGGGCCAAGUGGGGUUGGAGCGGGAGGUCCAGGAUGCCAUUUACAUCACAGUGGAGAUCCUUUCCAACUGGGGGAACACAACACGAGUGGGUCUGACAGAGGUGGAGUUCUUUGACUUGCACAAUGGGAAACUGUUUGUGUCUCCUCACGACGUGGAUAUCCGACAUGCUGACUCUCCAGGAGAUCUCUCCUGCCUGGUCAACAGGAGCCUCAUGGCCAGUGGCCCCUGUUUCCCCUGGACGUGCCUUUUCCAGCCUCCGGUGCAGCUGUACUUUGUGCUCCGAAAUCCUAGCCUCUCCGGUGAUUUUGGUUUAUCCAGGAUCCGGAUUUGGAAUUACAGCACCCCUGUAGUUGGCGACCUUGACAUUGGAGCACAAAACAUCCUUGUCUACGUUGAUGGAGCCCUUGUCUUUGCUGGCAAGCUACCCAAAGGCUGUGUGAAAACCAAGAGGGAUGGCAGCGGCUGCGCCACCAUUGACCUCCCAGCAAGCCUCCCGCUCUCUCCAAAGGGGAGGGAGGGCAGAGGGUGGGCCCCUGUGGAUUGGGGCCACCAACCUGGCAGGAGGCUGUUAACUCCCGAAGCCUCCUUGCAAGAGAAUGAUGCCGAGGAAGGAGUGACCCCUGCCGGCCUUGUUGAAUUAGAGGGAGGCCCCCGAGCAGCAGCAGCAGGGUCUUCCUCUUCCACCACGCCUGAGCAGAGUGCUCCCUUGCCAGAGGCUACAGAAUCUGAGGGGUGGGAUGAUCUUCCUCUGAGCGAGCAAAUGGAAAGAAUCUCUGGGAGGAAACUCUCUCAGCUGCCCAGCUUAGUCUCCCCCACUUGGAUUCUGCCCCCUCCUGAGGCAAAAGAAAAGAGCCAGGUCUGUUCUGCCAAACUGAAACUCCCCCCCUGGCUUGAGCCGGAGCCCCCUUUGGACCUGAGAGCCCAGCUACUUUCUGAGAGCGUCUGGAGGGGCUGCCUGAAGACAGCCGAUCAGAGCCCCCAGCUCCGGCCGGCUGAGCUGGAGAGAUCCAGCAGCAAAGCUCCAGAUGUGGAUGGGAAGCUGCUGGUGGGGAUCAACCAGGAUCCCAGGGUGGAUUCGGACUUCCUGGGCCCACUGCUGCCUUACCAGCAUGGUUCUGUGGCUGAGCUAUUUCCACCAGGACAAAACCUGGGGCGCCGAGGGAGGGAAGAAUUCAGCCAGGAGUUCCUAUGUGGAGAUGAAGCCCAGUCUGACAAAGGCGAGACCCCCGCUUCCCAGAGCAGCGCUAGGCCCUCGCGAGCCAAGUGGGGCCGCAGUUCUCCGGAGCAGGCCCUGCAGGAAUCCUGGAACUCUCUCCUGAAGUUCAACCAUUUGCAUCACGGACGCAUCUCCAACCUGGACUUCCAAGGUGACAUUUUUGAUGAGUUCCUCCUCCAGCAGAAAAUUGGCCGGCAAGGAGAUCCAAGGCUCCGGAUCCCAGAGGGCGGGAAUGGCCUGGACCUGGAGGAGGGGAGCGACUUCAGAAUCCCACUCCUGCCUUACGGGCAGCACUUGAAAAUAGAGAUCCGGUCGACCUGGGGGGACAGGCACUACGUUGGCCUCAAUGGGAUUGAGCUCUUCAGCUCCAAAGGGAAACCUGUCUCCGUGGCCCAAAUCAAGGCUGACCCGCCUGACAUCAACAUCUUGCCUGCCUACGGGAAAGACCCCCGCGUGGUGAGAAAUCUGCUGGAUGGGGUGAAUCGGACACAGGACGACAUGCAUCUCUGGCUGGCCCCCUUUACCCCAGGGAAGCCCCACUACAUCUUCCUGGACUUUGCUGAGCCCUGUGAGGUGGCCAUGAUCCGUAUCUGGAACUACAACAAGUCUCGCAUCCAUUCCUUCCGGGGCAUCAAGGACAUCACCAUGCUGCUGGAUGAACAAUGCAUCUUCCAAGGGGAAAUCGCCAAGGCUUCUGGGGCACUUGCAGGAGCUCCAGAGCAGUUUGGGGACACAAUCUUGUUUACAACUGAUGAUGACAUUCUGGAGGCCAUCUUCUGUUAUGAUAAGUCCUGCGAGGAGGAAAUUGAAAGUGUCUGCAUCCUGAGGUAUGAGGAAGAGCUGAAGAGGCCAAGAACUGCCGAUGGGGAAGGGGAUGAGAGACCCUUCACGCAAGCUGGCUCCAGGACAGAAGACAAGCAGAUUCAGAAGCAAGUGACUGUACCAGGACCUGCCCCAGAGAUGGUGACCAAAGAGCCUGGCGUCUAUCUUGGAACGUGCCUUCUGCUGAACUUCACAGUUUCUUGGGGAGAUGCUCAUUAUCUUGGGCUGACAGGGCUUGAAGUCGUCGGAAAGAGUGGCCAGGCAAUCCCCAUUUCAGUGGAUCAGCUCUCUGCCUCUCCACACGAUCUGAACGAUCUUUUGGAGUACAUGGAUGAUUCCCGGACCUUAGACAAGUUAAUUGAUGGAACUAACAUCACGAUGGAGGACAACCACAUGUGGCUCAUUCCCUUCACUCCUGGGGAAGAUCACGUGGUGACUAUCAGUUUUACUCAGCCGGAGAGCAUUGCAGGGCUUCGCAUCUGGAAUUAUAAUAAGUCUCCUGAGGACACUUACCGAGGGGCAAAGGUGGCCCAUGUGUCACUGGACGGCUACUGCAUCUCACCCCCAGAGGGCUUCCUCAUCCGCAAGGGUCCUGGCAACUGCCACUUCGACUUUGCUCAGGAAAUCCUCUUUGUUGACUACCUGGCCGGCCCUCCUGCUGUGCCAGCGUGUGAGCGGACAGAAACAAAGAAGGUGGAACAAGCCAGCAUGGAUUAUGAAGCUCCGUUGAUGCCCUGCGGCUUCAUUUUCCAGUUCCAGCUUCUAACCAGUUGGGGUGAUCCUUAUUACAUCGGUCUGAAUGGACUUGAGCUGUACAACGAGUGUGGAGAGAAGAUUCUUCUCAGUGAGAACAACAUUGCGACUUUCCCAGACAGCGUCAACAUCUUGGACGGGGUCUGUGGGGACAUCCGCACUCCAGACAAGCUCAUUGAUGGGGUGAAUGAUUCUAAUGAUGGGAGGCACAUGUGGCUUGCCCCCAUUCUUCCUGGAUUGGUGAAUCGAGUUUAUGUUAUCUUUGACAUGCCCACCACUGUCUCCAUGAUCAAGCUGUGGAAUUAUGCAAAAACUCCCCCACGAGGAGUUAAAGAAUUUGGACUCCUGGUCGAUGACUUGCUGGUGUACAACGGUAUCCUGGAGGUCGUAGGCCAUCUAGUCCAGGGCAUUCUGCCCACCUGUGACCCUGUGGUCCCAUAUCACACCAUUCUUUUCACAGACGAUGAGAAGAUUUGCCAUCGGGAGAGGAGCACCGUUAUCAGAAACUACAUAGAGGAUCAGGAUGUGCGGCUGAUGAAUGAAAACCAGGUCAUUUCUUCCUCCCGAAAGAAACGGGUGGCAGCUGACCCAGCUCUGCGCCCCAAGACCUGCAUUCGGGACAAGGAAUUGCUGCGAAGGGUCAGGCAGUGAUGAGAGAAGAUGGCUAGCAUCCCUCCCUUGCUAGCCUUUGGCUGCUUUACAGAACUUGAGAGGGGCGCUGCUUUGAGACCUGAUGGCACUCAACUCUCAGAGGAAGGCAUUGUCUGGGAUGGAGAAAGACCUUUGCCACAGGUGGGAGUGAAGGGGGGGCCAUCAGGGCAGCCCCCUCUCCAGCUGCAGCAGCGCCAUUAAACCUCUUUGCUGACUGGAGGCCCUGCUCGCUUCUGCCUUGCCCCCCCUUGGCUCCAGCCAAAGCCAGCAAAGUGUGGGGCCCUGCUAUGCCGGGAGGCGGCAGGCUGGGGAAGAGGCUCCCUGCUCCUCAGCCAUGGGCACGGGGGUGGUUGGCAUGGAUAGCCAGUGGGGUGGGGAGCACCAGGCGCCUGUUGGCUCUCCUCACGGACACAUACUCCCUACCCCACCCACACUUUCUGUGCAUUUGUCAGGGCUUCUGCUGCCAAUAAAUUCUGCCCUGAA